AUAGGUUUGCCCGAUUGACUGAAGAUGAUAUUGUGACCUCCGUGACAUACUGGAUUCAGCAGCGAUGGUUUGUAUACUUGGUGCGAAUCCACCUUUAUCUAUAGCUGAGGGUUUUAUUCGAAGGAUUUGGAAGGAUUUUUCAAUAGAUGAGAUUAAAUUUUCCAAACCUGGACAAUAUGUUGUUCGAUUUCACUCUGAGGACAGUAGUGAUGAAGCAAUCAGUAGGACUUACUAUCAAUUUGACAAGAAGCCAGUUUAUGUUCGUAAAUGGAAGCCUGGAUGUACAAUUGACCUGAAUGUUCUCAAUGACAUUCCUAUAUGGGCACAACUCCCUGAUCUGGAACUAAAAUACUGGAGCCUAUCAGGGCUGAGUAAGAUAGGGAGCCUAUUGGGGAAACCCAUAAGAACAGAUAAUGCUACUGCAACAAAGACUAAAAUGGAGUAUGCUAGGAUGCAAGUAGCAGUUGCUAUGAAUCAACAAUUUCCGGAUAAGAUAUUGUUUGCUGAUGAAAACAAAAGACUUAUUACGCAAAAGAUCAAGUGCGAGUGGUGUCCAGUCACCUAUACUCAUUGCAAAGGGUUAAGACAUACCCAAAAUACAUGUAGAAGAAAAGAUGGACAAAGUAAACAGAGACUAACCUGGAAACCUAAACACUUACAGAAGGACCAGGGGGUGGUGAAGAAGACUCAAGAUAAGGAGGGUGUAGUGGAGGAAACAAUGGUACCAUCUAGUAAUGGAAAAGGCCUCAAAGGACAAUUAUCCUUAAGUAGACAAGGGGGUGAUCAGAGGGGGUCAUCCGCAAUUAGACAGGUAGGAGACCAGGGAGAAACAACCACAAAUAAACAAGAAGGGUACCAUUCUAAUGGGUUUGUAGAGGUCAAAAGGAAGAAGGCAUUCAAAGGUUCACUGACAGUGGCUAAUGAUAAGGUGCGUUAUCAUGAUAUAUUGUUGCAUAGAGAACUAUUUGAAACCCCAUAUAAGGGGCACUUACCAUUCUUGCUAUGAUUGGUUGAUGGAAUGUAAGAGGACUGAAUAGUCCUAAUAAACAAGCAGCAGUGAAGAAUCUAGUAAAUAAGUAUGCCAUUA